UGUGGCUAGAGGAGGAGCUACAAACUUGGAAUGCUUUCACUGCCUCCAAGACUUACUGAUUAUUUUGGGUGGAAAGGUUAUUUUUUUUGCUAACUUCUGGCUGGUAAUCUCAUUAUAUCUGUAAGUGAACUGGGAAUUAGAAGUCCAGCUUGAAGAAUGAUUGGCAAAAGAUGUAAACAUUUCAUAUUUUCUGGAUUAAUUUUCAUCAACAUUAAAAUGAUUCCUUCAGCGAACACAGGUUUCACUGUAUCCGUUUACGAUGUGACGUCAAGAAGUGUUUAUCUCCAGUGGCCCAAAUUCCCCGGAGCCUUUUCAUAUAGAGCCAUGGCAACCCCUUUGAACACAGUGGGACACUCCUCGUCAGCCCAUUUCAGUGACGUCACACUUAUGGGUGCUCUUGCAUCUCUAGCUCCCAACACAGUCCACACUGUGAAAGUGGACGCCAUAGACAAGAAUGAAGUUAUACUGGCUGAGGCUCAGACUAUGCAGUUAACGGCAUGCAUUCUACUGUGUCCCUCUUCUAGAACACAACCAACACUUCACUGUGGCUCCACAUUGCAGAGGUCAUUCCUGGUCAGCAAGCUGUCCUCAGCUCCUGAGAUUCCGACUAUUGAACAAGCUUAUUCAAAAUUGAGUAACAGUAUCACAGUGGAAUGGGCAUCUGUCGCGGGGGCUUCAAGUUACCUGCUGACAGCACAGGAUGGAGAAUCAUUCAUUGAAACAGUAGUCACAAACUCACCAGGCACUGUGACUGGGCUGAAGGCUGCUACACUGUAUAAAAUCACAAUCCGAUCUAUAAACACUGGAGGAAGAAGCCAACCUUCACCUUCAAAGAAAGCAAAGACAGUGCUCGCUGCACCAAUCCUGACAGCAAGUUCCCAAAGUUAUGACAACAUUGUUGUGACUUGGAGAGCUGUAUAUAUGGCUGUUGGAUUCUUUGUGUCUAUCAUGAGAUCUGAUGGUUUGGGGAGCAUGUUGAAAGAAAACACCACAAACAACUCCCUGAUAUUUUCCAGUCUAGACCCAGGAACUAUCUAUACUAUCAAGGCACAUGCUUGGGAUGCUAAUGGGAUACCUGGAGAUGACUUCACCUACAACCAAAGAACAAGGCCUCAUGCACCGGGAGAUGUUCAAGUGGUUUUUGACAGUGGAGCGUUGCGAGCUGCUGUUUCAUUCACGCUAGCAGAAGGUGCUUCCAAUUACCUCAUUGUAGCCCACAGUGGCACCUCCAAAGUAAACUGCAGUACAAUGUCCAGUUCCUGCACUAUUCCAUCACUUGAGUGUGGGGUGGAGUAUUCCCUGUCUGUUGUAGCAAGCAAUGAGGCUGGUUCCAGCACACCUACAGAGGCUGUGACUUUCAGGGCUGUCCCUUGUGCUCCAGAAAGUAUCAUAAUUGAAGAGGAUGAGCCAGGCUACAUGGCAGUUUCAUGGUCAGAUGUUGACCUGGGUGAUUAUUAUGUUGUCUUUGUGAAAAGCGAUGAUGGCUUGGAGGUGCACUGCAACACAUCACAUACCCAGUGUCACUUCCAAUCAGACUGCGGCUUCACCUAUUUUAUUAGUGUCUUUGCCUAUAACAAGGCAGGGCAGAGUCCAUUAGGUGACAUAUUUAACUAUACCACAGCACCUUGCUGCCCCAGUGAUGUUAACCCAGUGUUCAUUUCUAGUGAUACAGUUCAGAUUGUUUGGUCUCCUGUCCGUGGUGCUGAAAUGUAUGAAACCAAAGCUGUGGAUUGGACCAACGAAUUGCUAUGCAAUGAUACUGCGACAGUUUGCACCCUUUCUGCACUCCAGUGUAACACCCAGUACAAUAUAACUGUUUAUUCAUUCAGUGAAAUUAGAGGCAGCAAUACAUCAUGCACAUCUAAACACGUGGCAACAGCUCCAUGUAGUCCGGAAAUAAUAAGUGUCUCAAAGGAUGCUCUUUCUGUAAUUAGUGUGCACUGGCAUGCCAAUAAUGAUGAAGCGAUGUACACAGUCACUGCCAAAGGAGAGGCAGGAAUUUGGCAUUGUACAAGCUCGGGAAAUUCAUGCACCAUCCGUAAUCUUCCAUGUGGGUCACUGUUCUCUGUCAGCACUGUAGCAAGCACAGAAGCAGGUCACAGCUUGCCUAGUUACAGUGUGCCUUUGGAGACAGCACCUUGCUGCCCAGUGGAUCUCACAGUAACUCAAGUGACACAGUCUGUAACAAACAUCAGCUGGUCUAUUGGGACCGGCGCAAAGACGUACAUAACAAUUCUGGAAUCGCACAAAGGACGUGCCAGGUGUCACACACUCCAAAACUAUUGCCUCUUGGGAUGCAUUACAUGUGGAACCAACUACAGUGUGUCUAUCAAAGCGAUCAGUGAAACAGGCUUAACAUCAGAUUGCAUAUACAAAGGAUUUUAUUCUAGUGCUUGCUGUCCUUCUGGGGUUAAGCUAUAUAGACUGGGCAACAAUGGCAUACGAAUACACUGGCAUACAUCCAAAGGUUCAAUCAACUAUAGUACAGAUCUUUAUGGCUCCAAAGGAAAUUUCACCUGUACACCAAACACAGACCUGACUUAUUGUGAUAUUACCGAGAUACCCUGUGGCGAUGUCUAUACAGUUGUGGUGUCACCUGUAACUGAUAGCGAGGGAUCAAAACCUGCAUUUUGUCCUAAGAAGAUAUAUUCAGUGACGUGCUCCGGAAGUUCAGUAGGAAUGGUGAUUUACAGAGGAAAGCAAAGCGCAGAACACCACCAAGUGCUACAGGAAAAGAGAGAAUGAACCAAGCAGGUAAGACUUAUCAGAGUAUUAUUUCAGUCAGUUUUGUGUUUGGACUGAGAUUUAAUACUAUUGUGGCUUUCAGUUCCUGGGCUAAUAUACCACUCUGGCUACCAUGUCCUUUCUUGAGACUGAUGCAGCAGUAACUUGUGUCCCUACAGCUAAUGCAACCUCCUUGUUCGCUACCAAGCAGAACCUCUUUUCAUUUUACCAUCACAACUGGCUCCCGUUAUUUGUAUUGACUCCUGCAGCACCUAUUAGACCAGGAUGGCUAGUCAUCAGUCUUGGAGACAGGAGCUUUCUAUAUUCCAGCUUUCUACCUGCUGUGGUUUGCCGCAACAGAAGGCAGAUAUCCCU